UUUCACUCAGGUAAAUGGUCCGUGGGUCAAUCGACAGCCGGAAUAGUCCUUUCGAUAAGGGCCUCCUACACGAAGUGCAUCAAGUUUUUACGGAGAAAGGAGAAAAAGUUUAAUAAAUCGGACGACAAGAAAUGUAUGAAUUCGCCAUGAUGGAUACUGGGUUGGGACAAUUGUAUGUGGACAGCCUGAACGUCAGCGACACACAACAACUUCUGUGUAAUCUGAAACAAAUGAAGAAUGUGGUAAUUGGCAGUAACAGACAGAAGGCUAAUCUGAUGCUGUGUGGUGCUGUACCUAGGUUACUGAGCGUCAUUACAAGUGAAAAGUCCCCCGCUGUGCUCGUGGAGUGUGCCAUCAUACUGGGCAGCUUUGCAAAGGGGUCAGAGGAGACCAAAAAACGGCUACUUGCCGAAGGGGUGCUGACCAUCAUGUUGCAAGGUUUAGCCCACAGCGACUUGAAGUUUGUUGAAGCCUGUCUCCGUUUCUUGCGUACCAUGAUGACAAGUCCCACAGCGCCCACGGACAUACUUCACCAGGAUAGCACCAUCAUACCCCACUUGAUACAGUUACUCCCGCAGUCCAAAUGUACUCAGGAAUGCAUAGCCGGCAUACUAGCCACUUGCUGUAAGAACUCUGAGCAUCAAGAGACGUUAUUCAGGCACGGGGCAGUUGGUGCGCUCGCCCCUCUCCUAGACAUUAACGAAGACAGGAUUCAGUUGCCAACAUUACGAUGCUAUGCAGCCCUAGCCUACCAGAACAGGAAUGUCUCCUCGGCAAUAGCCUCAUCCAUGCAUAACGGGGAGUGCUUACUUGAAAUCUUCUGCCGACUCCUGAGCAGAAAUCACUCUGUUGCCAUGCAGCUGACUGCUGCUAAGUGCCUUUCAUAUCUGUGUAGAGCUGGAGCUGUUGCAGUGGAUAACCCUAUCAUACAGUUCAGGGUACUGCCCUGCCUGGUCAGAAUGUGCAAAAAGGACCGAUCAGUGGAGGAGAGGGUGGAAGGGGCGGAGACGUUGGCUUUUCUCAUAGAGGAGGACAUUGAGCUCCAGCGGGUAGCCAGCAUCACGGACCAUCUUAUCCUGACCCUAGCUGGAUUCCUGAGGUACAUACCGGAAGCCACCAAUAAGAACGAGGAUUUGAGUACGGAGAUGAAACAGGCAGCAUUUAAAGUCUUUGCAUCAUUGGGCACCAAUGAGGAAGACAUCAGAAAAAAGAUCAUCGACACCGAGAGCCUGAUGGACCAGAUUGAGAAAUGCCUGUCGGAACCCAAUCUGAAGGUACAACUCUCUGCCGUCAGAUGCCUUCAUAGCCUAUCAAGAUCUGUGCAGCAGCUUAGAACAAGUUUUCAAGAUCACGCUGUCUGGAAGCCCCUGAUGAAGCUGCUGAGAUUGGGUCAUCCAGAUGAACUCAUGACAAUAGCAUCAUCAACACUCUGCAAUCUCCUGCUAGAGUUCUCACCAAGCAAAGAGCCAAUUGUUGAAGCCGGGGCGGUGGAGCUGCUCUGCAAGCUGACGGCCAGCCAGAACACAGCCCUUCGACUGAACGGCAUCUGGGGCCUGAUGAACAUGGCCUUCCAGGCAGAGCAGAAGAUCAAGAACAGCAUCCUGGGCUCGCUGGGCACUGACCAGCUCUUUGACCUGCUGACCGACUCCAACGUAGACAUCCUGAUGAAAACGCUGGGACUGCUGAGGAACCUGCUGUCCACCAAGCAGCAUAUAGACAGUAUAAUGAUGUCCCACAACAAGCAGAUAAUGACAGCUGUCAUCAUGAUCCUGGAGGGCGACCAUCCGCCAGACGUCAAGGAACAGACGCUCUGUAUACUUGCCAAUAUCGCAGACGGGCACUCGGCCAAAGAAUACAUCAUGUCCAACGAAGACAUUCUGAAGAAACUCACUUAUUACAUGAGGAUUGAGCACGUGAAGCUGCAGAUCGCAGCAGUCUACUGCAUCAAUAACCUGGUGUGGACAGAGGAAGAUGGGGCCGCAGAGAGACAGGCCAAGCUCAAGGAGUAUGGCAUUCAGAAGCACCUGCAGACGCUGCUGGAUUCCAACGACACAGUGCUCUUUGAUAAAGUCAAGACAGCCUUGCAGCAGUUCUCAUCAUGAAGGCCAGGAACAAGACAUGUCUGGAACUAAUGAGUAUUUGAAUUGUGCCCAUCAUCUGUGGCAUCUGUCUAGUGAUAUCAUUAACUGAUGAUUUUCAGCUAGUCAGCUAUGUAUUCUCGUUUCUUAUAGAUUUCUAUUGAAAUUGGGUGCAGAGUAAAUCAUUUGAAAGUGUGGCCCUUUGUACCAGUCUUGUGGAACAUCGUCGCAAUCAUAUAUGAAUAUGCAAGAGUUCUUAUGAAUGAAAUCUGACCUGCAAGGGUUGGUUUUGAUCGGAACAGAGUUUCUGGUGUAAAUAUUCAAGGACAUGCUCUAUGUGUGAAAGGAAUUUUAUUUUUUGCAAUGUUAACAGAAAUACAUGUAUCUGUAUGAAAGUAAUUGACAUUGAAGGGCGAUCUUAUGGGCCAUCCAUUUUUGUUGUCAUUUUUUACAAGUUUGCAAAGAUUACUCCCCUCUGACCCCCCCCUCCUUCGAGAGCAUACAAACUGAAAAGGAAAACAUUUCUGAUAUCUGUGCUGGGUUAUUUUUAGCACUUUUACUAUUUAUGAAAAUCAUUCAGUGCCACUUAAAUGUGCCCAUGAAAAUGUGGUGUUUUUUUUUAAGUGGAUGGCCCAUGGUAACUCUAGUUUCAUAAGAUGAUCCCAGAAUAUUCCAUUUUCCCUAGGGUGAGCUGAGAGGAUGUGGAAUGCUCUGGGGACCAGUGAGAGGGCUGUUUAUUUUGCCCCAGGCAAAAAAAAGUCACAAUAGGUUUCCCUUCACAUAUGACAAGUUGCGCAGAAGCAUGGAAUUAUCUGUACUAAUAUUGUUUUUUGCCAAUUUAAUACCAAAUUACCCCCAAUGAACCUGGGAAAAAUGUCAGUGGACAAAAAACAUUGGCUACGAUGAUUUGUACACAGUUGACAUACCCAAUCAUAGCAAGGGUAAUGCCGUAUAGUACCUCCCAAUGCUAGAACUUCAUGGAGACAGGCCUCAAAUUGGUAUGGAGUGUGUGGGGCUAUAUUCUGUCUUGGCACACAGAAUUAGUGUGAAGUUUUAUUGAGUGGAGUCUGAGGUAUUUGAAUGCAGCAUACAGUAAAACGCUUCUCGUAAGGCACCUUUCCUGUUUUGCUAUAUGCACUUCUGCUUUUGGAACAAGUCCAAAUGUUAAAUUAAACUGAAAUGUUGAAAGUU